AUGCCAUCACGUCGCGAUCCGGCUCUGGGCCCGCGGGUCUCAAUCUCCUCCUUCGGUCCUACCAUCGAACACCCCAAGUGCGGGUACUGCACAAAAGAUGCUUCGAUUCCAUGCACAACUUGCAAUGCCACCUGGUAUUGUACAUUAGCCUGCCAAAAAGUCGAUCGCGAUGUUCAUGAUAUCAUCUGCCAGAAAUACACAGAUUUCGUUGCGGCACACCCGUGUCCCGAAGAUACUGUGGAAAAGAAAUACAGACUUGGUCUCCUAUUGCCGGUCGACUCGGAGGACUUUGAAUUGGCAUGGAUUGCCAAUGGUUCUAAUGGAAAGUCGGUCGCAACUUUUCUUCAAUAUUACGAUCAAGAUCGCAUAAACACUCGCAACACUCUUGUCGAUUACAAUAUGGCAAGCAAGAAAUUUGAUCAUUCUAUUAUUUUGGCUGUUCGAGGAGAUUUCCUGACAGAUAACUCGCCACCAAAUGCUUGCAUUAAUCAUAUCAUGGAUGGAAAUGUGAAAUUCACUUUCAAGGGUCCAGUUGCUGUUGUUAGGGAGCGUGGCUGGGGCUCAGUUGGAAGUGCUCAGCAUUUUCAGCCAUGCGAUUUCAGGAUUCUAAUUGAUUUCCUCUUCAACUAUGAAGGAAAACCAAAUAUUGAAAUUGGACACGCUUGUGGUGAGGAAUCGAAGAGUGUUUUGGGCACGUCAGUGAGCCGCGUUAUAAAAUUUCUGAGAGGAAAAGCUCAAGAUGGAAAGGGAAAGUCUAAGAAUGCUAGAUUCGACGGCGAAGAAUGUAGAACCUACAGAAAGCGCGCCGAAACAUUUGCCGAACCAGAUUGGAUGAGAAACUCGGAAACUUCUCUUCCGAGACACAAAAUGCAGCGCUCAAAAUCGAGUAUCAAUCUGGGUAGUUUCAGAGAUGAUGCUUCUUCGCUACAUAAGGCUGAAUCAUUUAUCAUGCCAGAUUUCCUGCCAGAUUGGAUUAGGGAGUCGGGCGUGAUCGCAGCCGGGCCUAGGACGUAUUCAGAGAGAGUACCAUCUCUUUACGUCAAUACAGAGAAGGCUUUCGAGGGAUCUGCUAGCAGUGACAGUAUGGCAAUCACUCCAAUCUCACCAGUCACCUCGAUUGCGAUGACAGCAAAGCAGGCUCGUCAUAAGAGCAAUGUUUCUGUCAGACAAUCCCGUGAAAUUUUCGACCAUUAUGACGCGAGAAGAAAUAGAAGUAAUCAGGACGAUUCCGCAUCUAUUCUAUCGAGUGGACCAAGCCCAUCCAUCAUGACCACUACUUCCUUCUUUCAGCCAAAAUUAGUCCUCCAACUCAAACCAACAAUCAGGAAAGUGAAGAGUCCCUCGACAUUAAACAGAACAUCAUCUUUCUUCAAUCGUCCAAAAUCUAAAAGUCUCGAGUUGAACCGCGAUCAUAUGGUACUUCAGCGAAGUAUGACAGGUUCGAUCAUGUCUCCAUGGACGGUAUAA